AUGGUCAAGCGCGUGCUCGUCAGUUAUGGCGUCGACGUAGAUGCUGUCUCUGGCUGGCUCGGCUCGUACGGCGGCCAGGAUUCGACCAGCGACAUCAGCAGAGGCUACUUUGCCGGCACAAUCGGCGUCCAGCGACUCCUCAAGAUGUUCAAAAAGUACAACAUGAAGACGACCUGGUUCAUCCCGGGCCACAGCCUCGAGACGUUUCCCGAGGACAUGGCGGCCGUGCGCGACGCCGGCCACGAGAUUGGCCUGCACGGCUACACGCACGAGAAUCCAAAGGACAUGUCGCUUGAGCAGCAGCGCGAGGUCCUCGACAAGACAUACCGCAUGCUGACCGACUUCUGCGGCGGCAAGCCCCCGCGGGGCAGCGUCGCGCCGUGGUGGGAGUGCAGCAAGGAAGGAGGGCAGCUGCUACUCGACUACGGCAUCGAGUACGACCACAGCAUGAGCCACCACGACUGUCAGGCGUACUACCUCCGCACGGGCGACACGUGGACCAACAUCGACUACAGCCAGAAGGCCGAGACGUGGAUGAAGCCGCUUGUCAAGGGCCAGGAGACAGGCCUCGUUGAGAUCCCGGCCAGCUGGUACCUCGAUGACCUGCCGCCCAUGAUGUUCAUCAAGUCGGCGCCCAACAGUCACGGAUUUGUGAACCCGCGCGACAUUGAGGACUUGUGGCGCGACCAGUUUGAUUACUGCUACAGGGAGUACGACGAGUUCAUCUUCCCGAUCACGAUCCACCCUGAUGUCUCGGGGCGGCCACAGGUCUUGCUCAUGCACGAGAGGCUCAUCGAGUACAUGAAGCAGCACGAGGGCGUCGAAUUCGUAACGAUGGAGCAGAUCUGCGACGAGUUCAAGAGCAAGAAUAACCCGGCAGAGGGUGCUGUGCUACCAGCCGCGCCUGGUGCUGCGCUGAAGAAGUGA